CAAACUACAAAUCUGAACCUUCCCCCUGAAGAUCUUGAUUCAUCUGGUGAUGACGAUGACACUUUCUCAGGUUCAGGUGCAGGUCCCCUGACUGACCUGUCUCGCACCUGGGGAAUCCCUGGAGAACCCACUAAUUCCUCAUUCCUGCCACCACCAAUGGACAUCAGCGAACAGCCGUUUCCUGGGGCUGAGAACCGAACUGAGAAGGAAGUAAUAUCUCCUUUUGCAACUAGUAAUGUAGUGACAGAGGAGCCUGUGGUAGCUGUGAAGGACGAAGUGAGCAUCCUGGGCUCACCUGAUGAGAACCCAACCAAUGAUGGGGUUACAACAGUGAGAGGCCCCACGACUCACCUGCCUUCAGUGGUUCACGUAACUCCUUCAGAAGCCUCAGGCACGGUCCGUGAGAUUGAACCUAAAAUCCCUAGCUCUGAUGUGCCAGACACUAAAGACAUGCCUGAGCCCCACUCUACCAUCCAUCAUGAUGGAGACAUCACUGCCACCCCCACGGCAGCUCCAAAGGACAUUGUUCCCACACACGAGGAGGUCUCUGAAGAUGGCUCUGGAGACCCGGGAGACUUCAUCUUGACUAAAGAUGAGGAUUUAGUCCCCACCCAGAACUCGGAAGUACUGGCUGACUCUGGGAGGAAUGCCAAAGCAGCAGGAGCCUCGGGAAUAAUGGACAGAAAAGAAGUUCUUGGAGGUGUUAUUGCUGGAGGACUUGUAGGCUUGGUGUUUGCAGUGUUCCUAGUUGCAUUUAUGCUGUACAGAAUGAAGAAAAAAGAUGAAGGCAGCUAUUCACUGGAUGAACCAAAACAGUCCAACGGAGGAUACCAAAAACCACACAAACAAGAAGAAUUCUAUGCAUAAACACUGAUCUUCAGGACACUUCUUAUUCCAUCUUUCUUGGACUCUUCUCUCCCUGCACGUGGACCUGCUAGUGUGCUUUGCAUUAAACUUAAGCCAUAUGAUCAUUGGGCUGUUUGCCCUUACCACUUUGCCAUUGGAAAUCUUAUCACUACAAAGUAGAUCUGGAUCCAUUGAACAUUCCCUGCUUUCUUGCACAACUUUUUUUUUUUCCCAAACAGCAGUGGGACUUAAAGUUCCUAAACUCACUUUGGUUUAUCUAAAGACUGCUGGGGCAGGCAGUGGGGAGAAGAUAAGGGAGCACUGUAUGUAUAAACCUCUUGGUAUUUAGGGAAAGGGCUAGCAAGAAUAAGCAGUUACCAGUGCUCGACUUCUGUAUAGCAGGGAUCCUUCCUAUUUAACUCCUAGACAUGUUUUAAGGGUAACAAAUGGCUGUGCUGAGCAGACGUUUGGUACACUGCAAUCCUCUAGCUCUUUCUAACUGCCGUAUUUGGAGCACUUAAUUCCUAUGAAAUGUCAAGCUGAACGUGAUUUCUAGU